CUUUCAGCCACGUAGAUUGACAAAAAAAAGGUUGACAAUGACAAGUGAGAACUUAAAAAUUAUUAGAUAGUGCAAUUAAAAAUGUAAAAAAUGUACUGAAUUAAACAAAAGUUACGAUUGCAGUGCAGCGUAUCAACAGUGGAAGAACAUGUCUCGUCUGAAUACAAAUCAACCUCUACCAAAUGGUAUACCACCUCAAAUGGAUGGUAUUCUAAAACAAGAUGUGUUACCUUCAGCACUAAAUGGGCUUGGUUCUUCUAGUACAUCAAGAGGAUCAUCCCCAGGUAUAAUGCAAAUUCCAGCAUCACAACUACCACCUAGGACAAGUAUUCCAUUGUCACAAUUACCACCAGUUAGAAAUCAGAAUCCCAAUAUUAAUAAUUUAGCUCAAAACUAUAGCAAACUCUCAGUUACUGCAACUUGUAUGCAACAAGUGACUCCUAGUGGAAGUCCAAAGCCAACAUUUAGUACUUCAACUCCAGUUGGUGUUGACUUAAAAAAUGAUGGUAAUUUGAAAAGUGAUGGUCCUAGCAAAUUUAACUCUAAUAGUGCAUUUUCUCCAAUAAGUACUGUUUCAUCAAAGCAGAGUUCUUUAAAACUGGAAAAUAUUGAAGCUGAUGAUAAUUUCAAAAAUGUGCCUCUGAACAAUAAUAGUGAAAAUGCCAACUAUGUGCCAACAAUAAAUUCAAAAACUGCUGAAGGUUUGCAGACAAAAGACAAACAAAACUCAAACAAUGAAAACACACACAAGGAAAUUUAUUCAGGAUUUCAGGUACUGGAACAAAAAGUUAUUCCUACAAGUUCCCAAUCUAUUUUCCCAAUUGAUGGAAAUAAACUAAAAUUUCCAAGUAACCCACCUGGUGUUCAAGCUAGUAGUGGUCAAAAUUUUUCAUUUGCGUCGCGUGAUGUUCCAACACAGUCAAGUUCAAGUUUCAAUAAAAAUAUUCAGCCUAUAUUAUUACCUUCAGCCAGUGUGCCCCCUAAUUCAUUUCUUCCACAAACAAUUAUUUCAUCACCUAACCAGCCCCCACCUGUGAAGACACAGCAAUGGACUCCUGGAUAUACUGAACCUCUUGCAUCUUCAAGAAAUGCAAUCCAGUCACAAGCAGUACCAUUUAUGACUGUAAUUCCCCCACAGAAUUUACAUUCAAAUGCAAAUAUUAGUACGGGAAAUAUAUCAUAUAAUUCUGUUUUACCACCUGUCUCCAAAAUACAAGGUACAAUGAGUAUACCUGCAGGCAUGCAACAAAGCUCUGUAAUCCCACCACGUAGCCUUCAACAAAAUUCAUUACCAUCCCAAAAUAUUUUCCCUAUUAAUUCUCAACAAAAUGCUCUACCGUCUUUUAGUCCCACACAACAAAUUUCUUCAGUUCCACAAAUGCAAAGCAGAUACCAAUCAAGACCAAACAGGUAUCCUACUCAAGUAGGACAAAAAAUAUCAGACACAAAUUAUCCGGUACCACCACCUGGUCAACCGUUACAACCGAAUUUUACAUCACAUCUUGAACCAGCUCAAAAUAUUCCAAUUCCACUGAAUUCAAAUGCUCCUGCUUCACAAGCUAAAUUUAAUUAUAACACUCCCCCUACUCAAUAUAACCAGCAGAGAGUUCCUAUAAGUCAGAAUUAUCCAAGUUUGAGCAUUACCCAAGGAUUUAAUAAAUUAUGGGGCCAUGAAAAUGUCGAUCUGUUACAAACUCCGAAUAUAUUGCCUCAGACUAAAAUAGAGCCACCCAAAGUAUCUUUGGGUCAAGAUUUUCUAGAUGCAGCAAAUUGUAGCCCAGAUAUAUUCCGAUGUACCAUAACUAAAAUACCCGAAAGUAAUUCACUAUUACAAAAGUCCCGUCUUCCUUUCGGCAUUUUAAUUCACCCUUUUAAAGAUUUAGAACACCUUCCUGUUAUUCAAUGUAGUACCAUAGUUAGAUGUCGAGCAUGUAGAACAUAUAUAAAUCCGUUUGUUUUUUUUGUGGAUGCAAAGAGGUGGAAAUGUAAUUUGUGUUAUCGCUUAAACGAAUUACCAGAGGAAUUUCAAUACGAUCCUGUAAGUAAGACAUAUGGUGAUCCAUCGAGAAGACCGGAAAUAAAGUCCAGUACCAUAGAAUACAUUGCUCCUUCUGAAUACAUGCUUCGCCCCCCACAACCUGCUGUCUAUUUAUUUUUAAUAGAUGUUUCUAAAGCUGCAGUAGAUAGUGGUUAUUUGCAAACAUUGUGCACUGUUCUUGCUAGUAAUUUGUCCAGUCUACCUGGCGAUGCAAGAACUCAAAUAGGAGUUUUAGCUUAUAAUUCCGCAUUACACUUUUAUUCACUGGCCGAUGGUCUAAAUCAACCCCACGAAAUGACUGUUCUUGACAUUGAUGAUGUGUUUCUUCCUUGUCCUGACAAUCUUUUAGUCAAUUUGAGUGAAAGGAAAGAGCUCAUAUUAGACUUACUGACGCAACUUCCUAAUCGUUUCAAGAACAGUUACGAUAGUCAUUCUGCUCUUGGAGCUGCGUUGCAAGCAGCACAUAAAUUGAUAGGACCCACUGGAGGUCGCGUGACAGUAUUUCAAGCAGCUUUACCUAAUAAGGGCCCAGGUGCUCUUUCACCUCGCGAAGAUCCAAAUAAAAGGUCAGCAGCUGAUGUGCAACAUCUAAAUCCUGCUAAUGAUUUUUAUAAAAGAUUAGCUUUGGAAUGUAGUGGUCAGCAAAUUGCUGUUGACUUAUUUAUAAUUAAUUCGCAAUACAUUGACCUGGCAACAAUAUCAGGAAUAAGCAGAUUUAGUGGAGGCUCUAUAUACCAUUUUCCGUUAUUUAACGUAAGUCGACUUGUCGACAACGAAAAAUUCGAAAGAUGUUUGAAACGAUAUUUAACGAGGAAAAUAGGAUUUGAGGCAGUUAUGAGAAUUAGGUGCACUCGAGGUUUAACAAUACAUACGUUUCAUGGGAACUUCUUUGUUCGUUCUACAGAUCUUUUAUCUUUGCCCAACGUGAAUCCAGAUGCUGGUUUUGGGAUGCAGAUUGCAAUUGAAGAAAGCUUAUCUGAGCUGCAAACUGUCUGUUUCCAAGCUGCUCUUUUGUAUACUUCGAGCAAAGGGGAACGACGCAUUCGCGUACAUACAUUGUGUAUUCCUGUCGCCUCUACUUUAACUGAUAUUAUCAAUUCUGCCGACCAACAGUGUAUUGUAGGCCUUCUUUCUAAAAUGGCAGUUGAUCGUUCUUUACAAUCUAGUCUAUCUGAUGCUAGAGAAGCAUUUUUGAAUGUUGCCAUAGAUGUUUUAGCAAGCUACCGGUUAAGUUUGAACGUGGAUAAUAAUUCUUCAGGAUUGCUUGCGCCAAACUGCUUGAAAUUAUUACCUUUAUAUAUUUCGGCUUUAUUGAAACAUCCGGCUUUUAGAACAGGAACGGCUACAAGAUUGGAUGACAGGAUCAAGGCAAUGUGUGAUAUGAAAUCGCUGCCUUUAUAUUUGUUAAUUCAACAGAUCUAUCCUGAUCUUUAUCCUGUUCAUAAUUUAGAAGAACAAGAAGUAACAAAAAAUCAGGAAGGUGAAGAAGUGCCACAACCACUUCGUUUGCAGUUGAGCGCUAGAAGUUUGGAUAGCAAAGGUGCAUACUUGAUGGAUCAGGGCGAUAGUAUGAUUUUGUAUAUAGGUCCGUCGAUUUCAAUUGAUUUUCUAGCAUCGAUUUUUGGAGUGUCUGAUUAUAAUGCAAUUUCUGACGAAAUAUGCGAAUUACCUUUGUGGGACAAUCCGCGAAGUCAACGACUGAAUAUGUUUAUUAAUUAUUUAAACGAUGAAAAGCCAUUUCCCGUUGUAUUGCAAGUAAUAAAGGACAAUAGUCCUAAUAGACAUUUAUUUAUAGAACGCCUCUUAGAAGAUAGAGUAGAAAAUGCUUUGUCAUAUCAUGAAUUUUUGCAGCACUUAAAGACUCAAGUGAAAUAAUUAGUAUCUAAAUCAGGUGAUAUUACUGUUUUCUUUAAAUUAUCAGAUCAUGUUAUUAUAGAUUUAAAUAUCAGUUUUUCUGUUUAUUUUAACGUUAUAUAUCUUGAUCAUUAUUUUUAUAUAUAACAUUCACGGAUCGUUAUUUUACCGUUUUAAAUUUUCUUAUGUAGUGCAAGGCAAUAAAAUUCGUUGCAUUUAGGCUAUAAUAAAAUUGGUAAUUAUUAUUAUUUCUUCGAUGUAUA